UUUUUUUUCAAACCCGGAAGUAAAUGUCAACAAGGAGCAGACCCUGAGCCUCCUGGAUGUUGAGUGUCCGUGCUUUGUUUGGGAUUGGUUUCCUGGUGUCCUCCCGGGCCUCUGCAGUUCUGUCUCAGCCUGGGACAUGUCCUCUGCCUUCCGCCUCUAACUCUCACAGAAAAGACUGUUACAGCAGCAGACCUCAGUCCACUAUGGCUCACAACAUCAAGUAUCUGGGUCAGGAGGAGGCCCAGCACAUUGAUGAGGAGCUCUUCUCUGAGUACGGCUUCAGUGUGGAUCAGCUGAUGGAGCUGGCAGGACUCAGCUGUGCCACUGCAAUCACCAGAGCCUACCCGCUGUCGUCCCUGCUGAAGUCCAGACCCUCUCUCCUGGUGAUUUGUGGACCAGGGAACAAUGGAGGAGACGGGCUGGUCUGUGCACGACACCUCAAACUGUUUGGUUAUGAGCCGACGGUGCUGUACCCAAAGAGACCGAACAAGCCUCUGUUUCAAGGUUUGACCACACAGUGCGAGAAGAUGGAGAUCCCCUUCCUCACAGAGCUGCCUGAGGCUGCUGUGAUAGACGAGGCCUAUAACCUGGUGAUUGAUGCUAUAUUUGGCUUCAGCUUCAAAGGAGCAGUACGGGAGCCUUUUGGGACAAUUUUAGACACACUAAAGAAGACAACAGUCCCCAUCGCCAGCAUCGAUAUACCUUCUGGCUGGGACGUGGAGCAGGGGAGCGCAGAGGGACUCCAGCCUGAUAUGUUGAUUUCUCUGACGGCACCAAAAAAGUCUGCACAGAUGUUCAGAGGAAGGUACCACUUUCUGGGAGGCCGCUUCGUUCCACCGGGUCUGGAGAAAAAGUAUGACCUGAAACUGCCCCAGUACCCGGGCACAGACUGUGUGUUACAACUGUAGAGGCCGGACAGGUGCGCAGCGUAAGAAUAAGAAACAGAACAGUAAAUGUGUCUCAUUUCAUAAUAACUACACCUUAAUAAGCCUUAAUGAAGCAUAAACAAAGGCAUAAUUCAUAAUGAAGAAAUAGUUUAUUAAGAAAGAGUCUGGCUUAGUAACUCCUUAAAACCAUGCUAUGUAACUUUCAGCCAAAAUUCAGCCAAAAAUACUAAAAUUAAAGAAUAUUUUUCAUUUUAGUUGUGAUUAUUGCACUGUAAAACAUAGAAAAGCAUGCAUCCUUCCUGUGAGUGGGCUUGCUUCUCCGCAAACCCGACUCUUAUUUGGCCUGGAGGAGGGGCUCUUGCUGCUUGUUUCCACAGAAAUGUUACCAUAUCUUCUACAGUUAUGAAACGUAUCUAUCUCCAAGGAGAAUGUUCUCAAGUAUGGUUUAACUUUCUAUUUCCAUGGAAUCAUGCAAGUGAAGUGUCACCUCCAGAAAGUUACAUACUGUUUCUUUAAUUAAAGGGUUACGGUAUUAAUUUAGAGUCAUUCAUAAUUAAUUCAUAAUUAUUAAUAAACUAUUUGUCCAUUAUGUCACUGACAGAUAUUUUCCCAAAUUAAGCAGAAUUAUACAAUACAUAUGUACAGCACUUUUCAAUGUACUCAAAUACACUUAAUUCAGCUGAAAUCUAUUUAAAUGAUUUAUUUGUUUCAUCAGUUGUCCAUUAAUUCAGUUUAAAAUCAGUAAGGUUUUAGUCUGCUCCAAAUAAAAACAUUGCAAAAUA